CCAGUUUCAUAAUAAAAUAUAAAGUACUUUAAAAUCUUAAAGGAACUUUAAAUUUAAAAUUGCGUUCCAUAAUUAAACUUUAAGGUUUAAAGUCGCUUUAAAGUUAAAGUGCACAUGCUCCCGCUUUAAAAACGCUAAAGUACUUUACUACUUUAACCGUAACCCUAUAUUUCGAAUUUCGAACCUGUUUCGAACUCCCUAUUUUUCGUUUCAUCCUCGUGUUUUAACCCCUGUGGUUUUAGCUUUUGUGGAUUUAGCAGAGAGAAAAGUGUUUGGUUAAUUCUGUCAUUGUAUAAAUCAUUUUUUGAAAUAUGUUAUCUUCAUCCUCAAGUUCUAGUUCUGAAGAAGAAGAAAUAGUUGUGAGGAGGCCAAAGAUAUAUCCCAAAAGGAAAGAUUACGUCCACGAAUAUGAUGAGCUUGAUUUCUUUGAUAGGUUUAGGCUGACAAAGGCAACGGUUAUCAAUUUAUUAGAAAAAAUUGAAAACUUGAUAGUGUUACCAACAAACAGGGGCGGAUGCAUAGAUCCAAUGAAGCAAUUGUUGCUUACAUUACGUUUCUAUGCAACAGGAAACAUCCUACUCUCUGUAGGAGAUUUUAUGGGAGUGUCAAAAAGCUCAGCUAGUAGAAUCGUGCAAAGAGUUUCUCAGGCAAUUGCAUCUUUGAGGCCACAAUAUAUCAACAUGUAUGGUACAAACCAAGAAAUGGAGGCAGCAUGUGAAGAUUUUUAUAGAAUAGCUCGGUUUCCAAAAUGUAUUGGUGCUAUUGACUGUACUUUAAUAAAAAUAGAUUCAGUAGGGGGAGACGAUGCUGAAAUUUUUCGAUGCAGGAAAGGAUAUUUUGCAGUAAAUGUACAAACAGUUUCUGAUGCCGAUUUAAGAAUAAGGAAUAUUGUUUGUCGAUGGCCAGGGUCUACACAUGACCAAACUAUAUUCAACAACAGUAACUUAAAACAGCAAUUUGAGAAUAACAUGUAUGGCCAGUACUUAUUAAUUGGUGACAGCGGUUAUACAUUGAAACCAUACCUCAUGACACAACUGCAAACCGUGGAAACAGCAGCUCAGAAUUUAUAUAAUGAAUCACUCAUUAGGACACGGAAUGUUGUGGAACGGCAGUAUGGGGUAUGGAAACGAAGGUUUCCAAUACUUCGAUUAGGUAUGAGGUUAAAAUUAGAAACAAUUAGAAACAUAAUUGUGGCAACAGCUGUACUCCACAAUUUAGCGCUGGCAAUGGGAGAAGAAUUUCCAGACGAUUGGCUGGAACAAGAAGAAGGUGAUGAUAUUCAUGAAAAUCAUGUCAAUUUUGAUAAUAAUAAUAACAAUGGACGACAAGUAAGAGAUCUGUUAGUCCAUCAACAUUUUGGCAGAUUAUAGAGCAGCACUUCAAUAUAUAUUUUAAAAUAAUGUUUUUUGUAUUUAACAAUUUAUUGAUUUAUAAUUUAACUAUAAUUAUAAAGAAUAAAAAAUAUGCAUUUAUUUAAAGGGACAUUCAUUGUUAAAUAUUGAACACUUCUUUAUUUUGAUUUGUUAAACUGUAACUGUUACAAUGAAUAAAAUGUAUGCAUUUAUUAAA